UUAUACGAAGAACUAAAGAAUUACUUAAAGCUGCAUUGAAUAUUACCCCAGGAAUUUUAUCAGUGGCAGGAGUUGCUCUUCCAAAUGAUAAUUGUUCAAUCUUAUCAAUGCUUACUCAAAUACGUAAAGGCUUAAGUUUUAAAUACCCUGUAGCAUCCUAUUAUGUAGAUUGGAGAAUUAUGUUGAUGUUUCAACAUAAUCUUUUUACAUGGUCUGAAGGUACUGAAAUGAUAAUUAGUAAAAAAUUCUGUGAAUUGGUAUUAAUGGAAUAUUUUUGGAGCUUUUUGGAAAGAGAAUGGAUUGAUAUAACUAAUAAAUUUAUUUUAGAUUCUCAAACAAAAUUUGAUGAAGUAUCAAAUAAAGUUACUAAAGCUUUAAAAAACACUGGAAAUUUCUUAAAUGAUCUUGCUGGAAAUGAACCUAUUGCAUUACCACAUACCUUAUGGUUUGGAAUAUUGGAUCUUGCACAAAACCUUAUUCAAAAGUCUAAUCGAACUGCCACAUAUGGUCUUUGUUAUUACUUAGCAAUUGAAUCACUUAAUAAAGCUCCAAGUAGUUUUAUUCAAUUUAAAGCAGUUGAAAUAUUAUUACAUUUACAUAAUAUUGAUAGUAAAAUGUUUUCAAUGAUUGAUGAUGAUUUUGAUCAAUAUAUAAAAGAAUUAAAUAAAAAUAAUAAAUCAUCAGAUUUUUCAGAAAAAUUUCAAAAUUUAUUAUUAUUUAUUAAAGAAAAAUAUCUUGAAGACUUAAAAAUUUUAAGUGAAAAUAUUGGAAAAGAAAAGAAAGGAAAAGGGAAAGGAAAAAGUUUGAAUCAAAAUUCAUAUUUAAAGAGAGAAAAUACAUCAAAUUCUAAUAUUAUAGAUAUUAUAGCAGAUGAAAUGACUUGUCCAGUUAGUAGUGAACCAGAGGAUCAAUUAUGUAUUUUAAAAUGUCAACAUACAUUAUCAUUAAAUAAUUUAAAAUUAUUAAAACAAAAAAUAUGUCCUGAAUGUCGAGAAAAAAUUGAAGAAAAUGAUAUCAGAUAUUUACCACAAAGUUCUAUUUAUAAAAAUUUAUAUACUAAAUUUUCUGAAUCUGGACAUAUUAUACCUCCAAUUAAAUUAGAAAAUUCAGAUCAAAUAUAUGAUAGUGAUGAUUCAGAUAAUUCAGAAGCUGAUCUUAUAAUAUCUAAAAAGAAGAAAUCUGUAAAUUCAAUUAUUAAAUUAAAUUCA